AUGUGGCGACCCGUCAAGCGGUUGCUGGCCAAGACGCAGUAUGUACGGGAAAGGCAGAAGGCCGGUCGUCCUGGCCAAGUUUCCCAAUGGAGAGGCGGAGGUUUGUCCACUGCAACAUUUGACGAUGAUGCUCUGAAGGAGAGUCCACAUGCCCGACCUAGUAGCCCACGAUCGAGUUCCACUCCUGCUCUGGUGCCUUCAGACGAGACCAGCAUGGCUAUGGCCGGUCUUCAGAUCCUGGGUGAGCCGUCGGAUAUCUUUGCAGAGCCAUUAUUCAUGGACCGACCGGUCGCAGGGCCUGAAGAUGCCAUGUUUGAAGACAUGCUGAACCACUUUGAGCUCCGUGAUAUUCCUGGCUACGGGACAACGCCGUGGGUGGAUAGUGUGGAAGAGAUGGCUGCGCUGAACGAUUGUAUUCCGGAUAGUUUUCAUACACUCAAGUAA